AUGCCACUGGUUGUAAGAGCAACAACAACAACAAAUGCUUAUAGUCGAAAGCAAUGUCAUGUCUUACCUUCAACAAACAAAUCAAAUGAACUCGAUGCUGGUUAUCUUCAAGUUCUUAAGUUAAUCGAACAAACUCAUCGACAACAAGAUAUUAAUCUUACUACUGCGGAAAAAACGUCUCGUAGAUCAAAUGAACUCAAACAUAAAAGGUUCAAGCCAUUCUAUCAAUUAUCAUCAUCAUUAACAUCUGUUGGUCAAGAAGCAAUGGUAAAAACCUAUGAAGAUACACUUAUUUCUCAUCUAACAAAUAUUUAUGCAUCGAAACACAUCGGUGCUGCACUACCACGUCUUCAAACAGCCACAUUUCGUCAUCGACUACCAAUUAUAAAUAGCAGCAAGCGAAAUCAUGUGACUAAUAUUAAUCGUGCUCAACAUAUAAUUGAUAAUAUUAUUAACAAUGAUUCUCAAAAAAAUGAAAUGCUCUGCGAUUAUGUCAAAUGGCAACAACAAUGGACUAAAAGUUUUUUAUGA